ACCACUGACCCUCCACAAGUCACCACCUUCUGCCGAGCGGAUGAGCUCAAAAACGGCCACCCCCAGUGACAAUCGGUGCUGAUUGCAUUGGGAGAAUGAAUUAUCCGGCGCGAACCUUCUUCGCUCACAGAAGCUGGUGCCGGUGCCAGCGUUUUAUGAUGAUCAUUCUGCCCCCGGGUUCACUCCAGUGGUUCAGUUUCCCACCUCCCUCACACACAACACUGUCCACAAAUCCUCCCCAAUCUCCCCUCCACUCUCUCUCCCAACUAUGCAGAGCUGAGAAUGCAUCGUUUGGUCCACAUUGCCCCUUUGACCAAAGAUCCUACAGCGCCUUUGACAGCAGCAGCAGCAGCAGCAGCAGCAAGUUGCAAUGCAAUGGUUCUCUUGUCCAGUGCGUUACUAGGGCUACGAUUUCCCACGUCCCAUCCUUCUCAGUUGAUGAGACAUUCCGUGGUGUUAGAUCGCAUUCCCAGUGUGUGUGUGUAUGUGUGUGUGUGAGAGCGAGAGAGAGAGCCGUUCUCUCUCUCUCUAUUACACCCACCCCCCGCUCUCUGCAUUUUAACGAACCUCUUAACACGUGGAUAUUGUUGAAACUCUCGCUCUCACUCGCUCGCUCCCUCUCUCUCCAUUUCACUGCCGUUUCCAUGUCACAGGCAGUGUCUAAAAACAACCCCCUCCCAAAAGCAUCUAAUACCGGGACCCUGAUGGACCCUAUAUUGGCCAGCUAAGGGACGCACUUGUGUGUAGAAGCCUUCUGAUAGAUACACAGCCAGGAAGAGGCGAGGAAAAAGAGCGGGGGGACCACAAGAAGAGAUAAUCUCAUUAAGACAAGCUUCUUUUUUUUCUCAACCCAAGGGUCUGGGCCAUACAUUACCGUCCAGAUCCUGUCAAUAUCCUACCCGGGCUACAGAUUUACAUGCCGCAGCCAAGGGUGAGCAGAGUCGGAGAGUCGGAUUUGUGUGCGACCCCAGUCUGGGCUGGAUGGAUGGGAAUGGGGAGAAGAGACGACCCAUCCGGCCACCGAAUCCUGCAGAUCCUCACCAUCGUCCUAUGCCUCCCAGCAGUUAGCUGCCAGUGCCGGAUACUGAAGUGCAACUCUGAGUACCUGUCGGCCACGUCUGGGCUUCACCAGGGCGGUGAGGAGUCGGUGGAGUUCUGUGUGGCGCUGCGCGCCUACUCGCAGUGCACGCGGCGGACAGCGCGGGCGUGCCGCGGGGACCUGGCCUACCACUCGGCCGUGCACGGCAUCGAGGACCUGAUGAGCCAGCACAACUGCUCCAAGGUGGGCCCCACCCACGGGCCCGCGCCGGCGCAGCCCACCUCGCCGGACUGCAUGGUGCACUCCGACGCGCCCGAGACCUGCAACUACGAGAAGAGCCUGGCGCAGCAGGGGAGGCAGGCCAACUACACGCACUGCGGGCUCUUCGGGGACCCUCACCUGCGCACCUUCUCCGACGACUUCCAGACCUGCAAGGUGCGCGGGGCGUGGCCCCUCAUCGACAACAGCUACCUGUUCGUUCAGGUCACCAACGUGGCCGUGGUCCACUCCUCCAGCGCCACUGCAGCCAGCAAGAUUACGAUCAUCUUCAAGAGCUUCCAGGAGUGCGUCGAGCAGAAGGUCUACCAGGCAGAGACGGACGACCUGCCCGCGGCCUUCGUGGACGGCUCGCGUAACGGCGGCGACAAGCACGGGGCCAACAGCCUGUGGGUGGCGGAGAAGUCGGGCGGGCAGCACAUCGAGAUCCAGGCGCGGUACAUCGGAACCACGGUGGUGGUGAGACAAGCGGGCCGCUACCUCACCUUUGCGAUCCGCAUGCCGGAGGAGAUCAUGAACUCUUUCGAGGAGAACCAGGGGCUGCAGCUGUGCCUGCGCGGCUGCCCCACCAACGAGCGCAUGGACUGGGCGCUGUUGCAGGGCCGCGGCCACCAGGACGUGCCGGCGCACCGGUCUGCCGCCGCUGCCGCCAAGUGCAAGGACAAGCUGCCGGUGGAGGACCUGUACUUCUGGUCAUGUGUGUUCGAUCUCCUCACCACCGGCGACAUGAACUUCACGCUGGCCGCGUACUACGCCCUGGAGGACGUCAAGACCCUGCACUCCAACAAGGACAAGUUCCACAUUUACCACCGGACAGCUGACUUGCCGCCAGGGAACUCGUGCCCCGAGGCCACUGUCCCCUUCGCACUCCUGCUGCUGCUCUGCUGGAUCUGCUGCUCCCUGCCGCACCUAUAGCCGGCCACCAUCACCGCUCACACUCACCCCCAUCCCCCGCACCCUCCUCCCCUCCUCACUUUGUACCCCCGCUCCUUCCCCUCCUCCUGCCCCCCACCCUUUACCCCCCCUCCCCGCCGCAGGCUCGUAUCUUAUUAAAGAUGCCCGCGUGCGCACGCACACACACGACUGUGCGCAUCUCCCUCCCUCCCUCGCCAUCUCCGUUCGUGCUGUCGGCGUCGCUGCCCGUUCACGGUGGGCUUCCCGUUGGUUUUGUGGUUACGUGUUUGUGAUGAUCCGUGGGGCAUUGGGCGCGGGGCGCGGGAUUUGCACCAGGACGUUACGUUGGGGGUAAACCGAGGCCAGGACCAGGCGUCACUGAUCAC